GAUUCUUUCUCCUUUCUCUUCUUCUGUAGCAAGAACUGAAACCCUAGCUAUUUUCUUCGAAUCCAUGGCUUCCCUCGAAACAAAUCUCAACGAUCCCCAACCCCAAACCCUAGAUUCUCAAGCUCCUGGACAAACCUUCACGGAGUAUCCUCAAUUUCAACCUCUCGGCCACGACAUCGAUAAUGCUCAAAAUCAUGCUGGGAACGAGAAUUCUUCUUUUAAACAUGAGAUUCACAUGCCUUUGCUGUCUGAGAAUGGGGUUACCAACAACACACACAGUGGGACCGACAAGGAUUAUUCCGGUGGCGAAGAGGAGACCACGAGCAGGAGGCGACGUCGGAGCCGGUGGGAUCCGCCAUCAGAUUUGAACGAGCAGAAUGGAAACGAUGAUUCUGGGAGCGGCACAAAGAAGAAGAAGAAGUCCCGGUGGGCGGAUGAUGAGCCUAAGCCUUUGGUUCAGCUCCCUGAUUUCAUUAAGGAUAUCACUGGAGGUAUUGGGUUUGAUCCUGAGAUUCAGGCUUUGAAUAGUAGGUUGUUAGAGAUUAGUAGGAUGUUGCAGUCUCCUAUGACUUUGGAUGAUAGACCUGAGGGUGCUAGGUCUCCUUCACCUGAACCUAUAUAUGAUAAUAAUGGAAUAAGGAUUAAUACUAGGGAGUAUAGGGCGAGAGAGAGAUUGACUAAAGAGAGGCAAGAGAUUAUUUCUCAAAUUAUCAAGAAGAAUCCAGCGUUUAAGCCGCCAGCAGAUUACAGGCCACCAAAGCUUCAGAAGAAGCUUUAUAUACCAAUGAAGGAAUACCCAGGUUACAAUUUUAUCGGGUUGAUUAUUGGGCCUAGGGGGAACACUCAGAAGAGGAUGGAGAAAGAAACGGGUGCAAAGAUAGUAAUCAGGGGUAAAGGUUCUGUGAAGGAGGGAAGGUUGCAGCAGAAGAGGGAUUUGAAGGUUGACCCUUCCGAGAAUGAAGAUUUGCAUGUUUUAGUUGAGGCUGAGACACAAGAGUCGCUUGAUGCUGCAGCAGCAAUGGUGGAAAAACUCCUGCAGCCUGUAGAUGAGGUUUUGAAUGAGCAUAAGAGGCAGCAGCUUAGGGAACUUGCAGCCUUGAAUGGGACCAUCAGGGAUGAAGAGUAUUGUAGAUUGUGUGGUGAGCCGGGACAUCGUCAGUAUGCCUGUCCUUCACGUACCUCAACCUUUAAAAGUGAUGUUCUUUGUAAGAUAUGUGGUGACGGUGGGCAUCCAACUAUUGAUUGUCCAAUGAAGGAAACGACUGGAAAGAAGAUGGAUGAUGAAUAUCAGAAUUUCUUAGCUGAGUUGGGGGGUACUGUUCCAGAUUCAGCAACCAAGCAAAACUCUGCAGCUGGUUCAGGCAGUAGUGGAAGCAAUCCUCCUUGGGCUAGCAACAGUGGUGGUGGUGCAAGUGCACAUCCUGGAUUAGGUUCGAAUCCACUUAAGCCUACCAAGGAAUUUGAUGAUACGAAUUUGUAUAUUGGAUACUUGCCACCUACUAUGGAUGAUGAUAGUUUGAUCAGGCUGUUUUCAGCUUAUGGUGAUAUUGUGAUGGCAAAGGUUAUUAAGGACCGGGUUUCUGGAUUGAGCAAAGGUUAUGGAUUUGUGAAAUAUGCUGAUGUUCAGAUGGCUAACAGUGCCAUUCAAGCCAUGAAUGGUUAUCGUCUGGAGGGAAGAACAAUUGCAGUUAGAGUUGCAGGGAAGCCCCCACAGCCUUCUGUGCCUACAGGUCCUUCGGCAGUAACAGUGCCAACAUACCCUGCUUCAAGUCAACCAGUUGGCGCAUAUCCAUCUCAGCAAUUUACAACUGGUGGCCCCCUUCCAAAUGCAGCCCCUCCUACCUAUGCAGGUUCCCCAGUUCCAUGGGCAGCACCAGUUCCUAAUCCCUAUGCUUCUUAUGCACCUCCUCCGCCACCUGGAUCAACAAUGUACCCUCCCAUUCCUGGCCAGCCAAUGCCCCCAUAUGGCAUGCAGUAUCCCCCUCAAAUGCAGACAGCUUCACCUGGUGCUCCACCUCCACCUCCACUUCCACCUCCACCUCCACCAGCCACCCCACCAGGAGUGCAAUCUGAAAAUACUACCUCUGCUCCAGCUGUUCAUUCAAAUAUUUAUGGAAAUUCAAUGACUGCAAUGACUGCAAUGCCUGCAAAUUCACAGUCUGUAUACACAACAGCUUCAUUUAGUUACUCUUCUUACUACAAUGCAACUCCUCCUCCUGCACAUGCCCCAACAUCAGACCCUUCACAGAGCAUUGGUAAUGUUCCUUGGGCCCUAAAUCCGCCUGUGCCCCCCACUGCUUCUUCUGCAGAGAAGAAAGCCUCUGGUGCAGAUGCUGAGUAUGAAAAGUUCAUGGCAGAGAUGAAGUAACAUGGAUCUAUUCUGCUGAUGAUUCCUGAUUGAGGGGACUGAUGUUUCUUGGAGCCCUUCUGAACCUGAUUUCUUACCUCUUGUCAUGACUUUGUUGGAAGUUUGGGACUCAAUCUUUAACCUUGCUGUACUGUUAUGACAUUUGCAGAGACUUUUAUUGGAAGUUCAGUUCAAGCAGCCAUAUUUUGAAAGGCCACUCAGAUAUCAUUGGUGGCAAUAUUCAGGGCUUAUGUGAACUAGUUUUCUUUUGUCAUGGAUUUUUGUUGCUUCUUAUAUUUUUUCUGUUGACUAAUGUUUUACUUUUAUUGGUUUGUGAACUUUCAUCCACUGGAUGCUGACAAUUUCUCUUAUCUUAUUAUGCUUAUUCCUUAACUGUUUUGUUGAUUGACCUAGCUCUUCUAGCUAUUUCUC